AUGUCUUCCAUCGAGCUAGAUGACCCAUUUGCCUUCCAGCCUAUUCAACUCCUCACAUCCCAGGGUGACUUGGGGUUCCAUAGCAAAAACGAUGGCGACGAAAACCAGCGGCCUGAUAUAGUUGACGAUCUUUGUAUGGGAUUACAUGUUCAAGCCCGGAUUGAUCGCGUAAUCCAUGGUUUGGACUCGAAUAAAGGAAAUGGAAAACCUGCAAGCCUUAUAGUCUUUGGAUUCCGUUUUCACGGACUUCACGAUGGGCGACGGCUCCGAACAGCCGAAAUCAAUAUCUUGUUCCAAGACCUCGAUAAACGACCAAGAAAGGAUCCAGCCGUCACUGGAUUAUGGCCAAAUGGGGACUUCACGCUAAGCGAAACCCCUGUCACCAUCCAAAACACGAGCGGGGUUGAGCUUGGAGGGGAAGUCGGAGUGGUGGGGGCGGCUGGAACCCUUGCAUUCAAAUUGGAAAGACAAUCAGGAUACCAGCAUUUGGACAGAUCUAUUGUCAUAGGCUCUAUCACGCUCGAUAUGAAGGUUCGAAAUUAUGGGCCUAACAAUGCAGUUCGUAUCACUCUCGAAGAAGAUAGUACCAAUAAGACUGGCGUAAUCACGGAUCUGAGGGUCCCAGUUUUAUUAAGUCGGAAAAAUGACGAUAGGUUUACCGCAUCUGUCAGAGUAACUGCGACAGGGAACUUUUUCCAGAAUAGUAUCAAAGGCCUACGGAAUCUCACAGGACGAACGCCAGCUAAUGAUCCUGUCAUAUUCAAACCAGGCCUCCAGUAUUUAAGGCCUCCAACUUUGAAUGCCAACCUAGAACGAAACUUAGCAGCGGAAGUCGACGAACAAAAUCUCAGCGAAGUCAACUUGGAAAAGUUUGGUGCUGCGCUUGGAUCCACUUAUCAUAGAUAG